GUUAUACCUCUUGCUUUUCCGUGCAACACAAUUAACUUACAUUUUAGGAGGGUUGACAUCCUACGUUCACAUUCAAAAAGAUGUGACUAAAACCUGUAAAAAUAAUAAAGACAUAAAACAACAUGAGGAAUAUAUACAUUUUAGGUGAACUGGCCCUUUAAGACACUUAGGUAAAGUUAGUUUAGUCACAUUAUUAACCAUCUUUAUAUAACUGCAGAUGUUUAAUCUUCCCAUCUUUUCUGUGUCUUCGUUUCCUCGUUAAUAUUUUUUUUGUGCGACAUGCAGGAAAUGUGACUUUUUUUUAAGCGACCUUUAAAAAAAUGAAUAUCACUUUUUCACCCGACCGGUUAGUAUUGGAGCGUAAUAUGAUAGAACUCCGAGGCUGCUUGUGAGGAAUCCGUGGAAUUCCACCGCAGAGGCCGCUCACGCGCGCUGCCCGGGAAGAGCGCGAGGCUGGGGGAUGGGGGAGUCUGCUGACUGGUUUUCAUCCUACUUCUACAGACUUAACCCUCAAGAUACACUUGGAGCGGUCAUUCUUUUAAAAUACCGUUAGUCGUUUUUGUCGUUGAUUUGAUGUUGACUGCUGAAUAUCAAUAACUCUUGUUCUUCAAUUGUGCCUUCGUUCAGGUGACUGGCUCUUUCCUGACGCCCAUUAUGCGAUAAAGCGCGAGAGAUCAGAAAACGUGCACUCUUGAGUCUCAUUCCUACUUCUUUACCUGAAAAAUUAUUUGUGCAUUUUUCACAAAAGUAUAUGUGCUUGGGAGAUACUAGUUUUUCACCCGGAGGGUAGUAUUAUCAGAAUGCACUGAGACUUUUGGUGAUAGUUGUUUCUUCUUCCACAAAUGAUGAUAUUAGGCAGAACUGACAGCUUCAGUCACCUCUGAAGUAAUUGCAUCCUUUUCCCUUCCCCAUUCGAAUGACGUGAAUGGUGACUGAAGCUGUCAAUCUGACAUCUUUUGUGUUCCACUGAAGGAAGUCUCACAGGUUUGGAACAUUCCUAAAGCAUUCUUUUAACAUAAGGAAGUGAACUGUCAUUCAAAUGGUUUCUUAGAGAUUCAGGAAGUACAUAUUUACCGGAUAAUAGUCUUUUAUUCUUUGGUGUUCAGAUCAGACCAAAUAAUGAUGAUUAAUUCAAUCAGUAAAUGCAAGAUCUGGCUCCUCUCUUUUCCAGGUUUAGGUGGUUCCAUAGUGCUGUUUAGUUGACCUUUCAACUCCAGUUAGUGAUUGAACUAUCAUUAAAGUUUCAAGUUCAGCCACAUGAGGAAGUCAGGACUUCAUUGAGAGUUUCAGCCUCAAAAGCGUGAGUGCAUCUCCAUCCAUGUGGGCCAGGCUGGAGUACAGAUUGGCAAUGCAUGCUGGGAGUUGUAUUGCCUGGAGCAUGGCAUCCAGCCUGAUGGCAAUAUGCCAAGUGAUAAGACCAUUGGUGGAGGUGAUGACUCUUUCAACACUUUCUUCAGUGAGACUGGCUCUGGGAAGCAUGUGCCACGAGCUGUGUUUGUGGAUCUGGAGCCUGCAGUCAUUGAUGAGGUGAGGACUGGAACCUACAGACAGCUGUUUCAUCCAGAGCAGCUCAUCUCUGGGAAAGAAGAUGCUGCCAAUAAUUACGCACGUGGCCAUUACACUGUUGGCAAGGAGAUUAUUGAUAUGGUCCUGGAGCGUGUCCGCAAACUGACCGACCAGUGCACUGGUCUCCAAGGUUUCCUUAUUUUCCACAGUUUUGGUGGAGGCACUGGCUCUGGUUUCACAUCCCUGCUGAUGGAGCGUCUCUCAGUUGACUACGGCAAGAAGUCCAAGCUGGAGUUUGCCAUCUAUCCUGCUCCUCAGGUCUCCACUGCUGUGGUCGAGCCUUACAAUUCCAUCCUAACCACCCACACCACCCUAGAGCACUCCGACUGUGCCUUCAUGGUAGAUAACGAGGCUAUCUACGACAUUUGUCGCCGAAAUCUCGACAUCGAGCGUCCCAGCUACACCAACCUCAACCGUCUCAUCGGUCAGAUAGUGUCCUCCAUCACGGCUUCCCUGCGAUUUGAUGGUGCCCUCAACGUUGAUCUGACGGAGUUCCAGACCAACUUGGUGCCAUAUCCCAGAAUCCACUUCCCACUAGUCACAUACUCUCCCAUCAUCUCUGCUGAAAAGGCUUACCAUGAGCAGCUGUCCGUGUCCGAGAUCACCAGUGCCUGCUUUGAGCCAUCCAAUCAGAUGGUAAAGUGUGACCCCCGGCAUGGCAAGUACAUGGCCUGCUGUAUGCUGUAUCGUGGUGAUGUCGUACCCAAAGAUGUCAAUGCCGCCAUCGCCAACAUUAAGACCAAACGUUCCAUCCAGUUUGUGGACUGGUGCCCAACUGGAUUCAAGGUUGGCAUUAAUUACCAGCCACCCACAGCGGUCCCUGGUGGAGACUUGGCCAAGGUACAGAGAGCUGUGUGCAUGCUGAGCAACACCACAGCUAUUGCUGAGGCCUGGGCCCGUCUGGACCACAAGUUCGAUCUGAUGUACGCCAAGCGUGCCUUCGUUCAUUGGUAUGUUGGAGAAGGAAUGGAAGAGGGAGAGUUCUCUGAGGCCAGAGAGGAUCUUGCCGCACUGGAGAAAGAUUAUGAGGAGGUUGGCACCGAGUCUGUGGAGGAUGAAGAGGAGGGAGAGGAGUAUUAAAGAUGCUUUAAGAGGCUGAUCUGGGACAAGUUUUACGCAAUGGCUGACAGUCAGGAGAGAAACUCGUCCUACUCCAGCACUUAAAAGCAGUAUUUACCUCUCUGCUGCCUUAUGAAUUCCAAAUGAUGGGGAACAAUGCCCUGAUGUGUGUGUGAUUUUAUAAGUGUUCUGUUUCGUUCUUUUCUAUGCCUCUAUUCUGUCUGAUUUCAAAGAAUCAUUUCUGUCUUUGGACACUUUUUGUAAGCUGUCUUUGUCUCUCACACAUGCUGUGAAGCGGUUUCAAAAUAAACUGUCAAAUGUG